AUGGACCAGAAUCUAUUGAAUUUUUGGAAAAACUACGAGAACAUAAUCAAUUGGGGCUAUCGAAUUUCAGGGGCUCGGAAAUCGGAUAGUUCGUUGGUGACGAUUGAUACUGAAACGAAGGAAAUUAAUACAUGUACAACUUUUAACACUGAAGAAAACGAGUAUGAUGAUGAUGAUGUCUGCUCUUCCGAUGGCAGCUUUGAUAUUGAUUUAGAAUACUUAAACUUUUCAAAAACAACAUUGGAACAUCAAGAAAAAAUAGAGUUAGAGAAGAGAAAAGUCGACAAGGAGUAUGGACUGUGCAAUUCACCCAGUUUUGAAAAUGAAUCUACCAGUAUAACUGAGGUAGAUGUGAUUAAUUCAGUAAAGCUCUAUGGUUCAAAAGUAAAUGAAAUUGAAUGUCUUGAAAAUAAUCUGCAGUCUGAAUUUGAAAAAUUUUGUGCUACGAAGAAACCAGUAUUAUGGCCUGGCAUGGCAUUUAACUGGGAUGUACCAGUAAUUAUUGAAUAUUAUGAGUCUGUAUGUGAUAACAAAAGAAAAGUAUUGAUACGUUUUCUUGGUAUCGAUUCAAAUUCAAAUAUUGAAAAAAAGUAUUAA